AGAAGUUCAGUCGUUGACGCGCCGUGAAACCAGUAACAACAUCACAUUGGGUUUUAUUGGGGGUUUAUAAAAAAACGAAUGUAAUAUCGGGAAAUUUCGCCGAUCUUGACGUUUCUGACGUGCAAUGUACUCUUAAUACGUCUAUUACAUAAUUGACAAUUAUUUCGCGUUCGGCACGAAUUAACGUCGCAUCGGAAGCAGCGAGAACUCGAAUCGAUAUUUCGUAAAUAGUGUUGAAUCUCGCGAAAGAUAAAUAAUCGGAUUAUCUGACAAUCCGAUUGCGUUACCAGUCCGGGCGGACCAUAUCGUCGAUUUAUCUACUGAAUGGGCGGACUCUAUUCGCCGUCUCUCUACUGAAAGUCUGUUUGACUACGACAGGAUCUUCCACUUAUCGUCUUCGACGAAUUCGGUUAUCUCUCUCUUCGGCUUUCGCGCAAAAACAUCGAGCGACUGUGUCGAACAAAGAUAAAGGAGACGCGGAAGAAAUAGAAUGGUUUCUUCCGCGGUAUUCGGAGCAGCUGCCGGCACGGGAUUAGCCCUAGUGGUGGCGAUGACGAUCGUAAUUUAUCGUUACUAUGCCAUGAAGCGGAAAGGAAAGUGGAGCUGGAGCGAUCUGGAUCGCUGGCCGGAUCCGCCGCGCAUCAACAACAGCGGCAGCAACGAGCAGCCCCGUCAUCAACAUCACUGUCACGCAUCAACGGCGUCCCACGUGCUUGACUGCUGGCGGAAGCCGCAAAAAAGUUACUAUGCUGUGCAGACCGCGGAAUUUAACAUUGCGAAGGAGCAACAUGCGGUACAACCAUCGACGACCGAAUCGGGCUUACCUCAUCAGAGUCGCAGCUACCCGGGCGGCGGCGGUCGUACUCUGGCCAGGAACUCGUCCGUCAGCUCGCAGAGCUCGCUCGAGGGUGCGCCCUGUUCUUCCAGUCAUCGCGGAUCGUCGCCCCAGAUCAGGGCCUUCGGCCCGGACGGCCGGCAUCAUGGUCGACACGAUCCCUUGCACGCCGCCUCCUCGUAUCCACCCAGCAGAAACUCGAGGUCUCCUUCGCCAGCCCGGGUGGCGUCCUUGGAUGCACGUUGUGCAAGUCCUGCAAGUAACUCGAGCAGCCUGCAUAGCGGAAAUGCGUCGCCUUCGCAGACCUCUUUGUCGUCCGUGGCAACGGGCGUAAGUUCUACUUGCGGUUGUUCGCCGAUGAAUGCCAUUCAAAGUACUUCCAGACAGACCGGUCGUUGCUUAUCGCCUCUCCUCAUCCCGCCGCCACGUGCUUCCAUAAGUAGCGACGGUGGGCCGAUACCGCCUGCUUCUCCACUCGGUUCUUUACAACCGGAUCUCUAUCAAAGACGAGACGGUCCUGUCUUUCUCAGCGCUCGCAGGACAGGGAAGCACUUGGGCAGGCUUCAUCUGCGCCUGAGAUACGACUUCGAUAAAUCGGACUUGGAUGUGCACCUGAUCGAGGCCCACGAUCUCGCCGGUAGCGAUCAGGGUGGUUUUAACGAUCCCUACGUGAAGCUGAGCCUCAGCCCGGAAGUGGACAGCAGGAAGAGGCAGACGCAGAUCCAUCGAAAUGAUCCGAAUCCGUUUUUCGAUCAGCACUUCAAGUUUCCCGUCAGCUACGAGGAGCUGCAGGAGAAGACUCUAGUCUUGCAGGUAUUCGAUUACGAUCGCUUCUCGAGGAACGACGUGGUGGGUUCGCUGAGGGUGGCGAUGGACAGCCUAGAACUGGUCUCCUCUACUUCCCCGGUGGAGGUCUUUGGUGAAAUAGCGAGAGAGCGCAAACCGCCGGAAGAGAUUCAAGAGGUCUUGGUUUCGUUGUCUUACUUACCGAGCGCCGAGAGGCUCACGGUACUCAUGAUGAAGGCGAGAAAUCUGUUUCCCCAACAGGAUAAGGAGACCUUGGAUCCUUUCGCGAAAGUCAGCCUACUUUGCGGCGAAAGGCGAGUAAGAAAAAAGAAGAAAACAGCUGUUAGGAGAGCGACUAUGAAUCCUGUUUGGAACGAAGCGAUGUCAUUCAACGUACCUGCCUCGUCUUUAGCCUCGUCAGCUAUAGAGAUAUGCGUGCUGGACUCGAGCAGCGAGCUGAUGAGCGGAAACGCCAUCGUCGGCUCCUGCAUCAUCGGUCCAGCCACAGGUACGGACAGCAGCCAGGGACGAGAGCACUGGCUCCAGAUGACGCAGUCACCGAGGAAGCAGAUCGCGGAGUGGCACACGUUACAUUAAUCAAACGAGAGCCUGCGUUCGAUCGCCCUCAAACGUAAUUCGCGUGUCCUCGUUUAUUCGAGGGAAAUCGACAAUCUAUCGUCGUAACGACGGAUAGUCGAAUAGUAUAUAUAAAUAUCACGAAUAAUAUACCUGCACCUACACCACGAAAUACGUACCUAGCGAUAUUGCAUGUAAAAUGGCAAGGAACAACGUGUAUUUCCUAUAUCCCUUUCGAAAAAGAAAAACAUAAGAAAAGAUGACGAUGACCUAUUAAAAAAAAAAAAGAAACCGUAUUCUUCUGCACUUUUAUAUAGGUAUUGUAUUAAUGGCCGUUGAAGAUUUUUGUGACAUAUCGUUUGGAAUUCGGUGUCGAUGCGCGAGAAAAA